CCACCACCUUGAGUAGGAGCGUCUCCCCUACCCUCACCGACGCCCCGCCCCCGCCCCCGCCCCGCCCCCUUAUCCACGGAGGCGGCCUCCUCGCCCGCCGCCGCGCGCUCUCUCGGCCCGCCGGACGCGCGCGCCCGCUCCCCCGGUGGAGGAAAGCUUCAGUUUAGGCUGUUCAACUAUUCCUUGAUAUGUUGGCGCAUGGUCUAGCAAUCAAUCCCUCAAGGGCUGCUCGAUGUCCAGUUAAUUCGAGGGCAUCGAGUGCACCCUUGGGUCUCGUCUCUUCGUUGGCCUUCAACAGGGGACGUAAGGAAAAGGUUAAAGUUUUCAUCAAUGUGGAUAGAUACACAAAUUAUAGUACUCCUUUCUGUUACGCACCGCGAAACAUCAGAAUCACACCACUUGCUACUGCAUCAUUUGGUGACACGGCUGAUUCAUCAACUCCCAUCUUUCCUAGAAUCCAUGUGAAGGAUCCCUAUCAGCGACUUGGAAUCAGCAGGGAAGCAUCUGAAGAAGAAAUUCGAGCUGCCAGGAAUUUUCUGAUAAAUAAGUAUGCAGGGCAUAAACCAAGUGUUGACGCAAUUGAGUCUGCCCAUGACAAAAUCAUCAUGCAGAGUUUCUUUGACAGAAAAAGACCAAAAGUGGAUUUCAAGAAAAAGUUUAGGGAACUUACUCAGUCACGUCCAGUCAAGGCUAUUCAGGGAAGAUUUCAAACACCUUCUAGCAGAGUGAUUUGGCAGACAGCAUUAACUUUUGUAUUGCUUGGAGUGCUUACCCUUGCUUUCCCUACUGAAGAAGGGCCAACUCUUCAGGUGGCCAUUUCUUGUGCAGCAAACAUAUAUUUCAUUUAUCAGAGGCUCAAAAGUGGAUGGCGGACAUUCUUUUAUGGGUUUGGAUCCUUCUUUGCUUCCUGGUUCCUUGCCACAUUCUUGAUGGUAUCUGUAAUUCCGCCUAUACUGCCUGGUCCAAGAAACUUGGAAGUGAGCACUGCAUGUGUCACUUAUGCACUCCUUUUUGUAUCGUCGACCUUCCUGAAGUAGGAAAUCUCUAUGUUGUCAUUUUCAUGUUAGCCUCUAAUCCUGCAACAGUCAAUAUGAUUCCCACUUCUGAUAGCUUGUACAAUCCAUCAGGCAUCAGCAUUUUUUUGGGAGGUGGAAAUAUAGUCCUUUGCUGAGUUGCUAAUAGUCUUAAGGUUGUAAUGUGAGAUGUAGACCCUUUUUUGCCCUGGCCCUUGACAGAGAGUCUGAGUACCUCUAGACAUUUUGAUUGCUGUAUUAAAUUCAGUUGGUUUUCAGAUAGUAAAUCAUAUGAAAUAACGUUUUUGUGGAUUAAAUGUGAGAUUCAAUCCAAUCCGGUAAUCGCCUUUUUGGAUCUGACGG